AUGAAGCACAGUCUUGGUCUUGCAUUUUUGCUUCUUAACUUUGCUUGUGCUUAUAACCUUUCAAUACUCACGGACGAUAGUGGACGAAAUAUCACCGACUUGGACAUGAAAAACAUUGAUACCAAAAAUGCAGACGUGGUCAGGCAACUUUUGAAUCAGGAGACACUUAUUAGAAUGGCAUUAGUGAAGAAUGUACACAUACUGAUGAAGGAUAUGGUGGACCUUAAGGAAAAACUAGAGUCGAUGGGAUCCUUGCAACAAAGUACUGAAAUAAAAGUCAGCCGCUUUACAAAAAGAAGUGAACGAUCUAAAAAAUCUUCCAAUGAACAUACACUGGAAAGAGACAAAAGUAUUCCUGCUAUGAUGGUAGAGAAAUGUAACGCCUUGUCGGCAAUGUUUAAUGCUUCCCUGGAUACCUUGAACAGUGAUUUAUCAGACACAAGUACUAAGCUGUCGAAGUCAGUGUCAAAUCUGGAAAUUUCCCAGAAUGCAAUCAUGGCAUCGGUGUUUG